AUGGGAGCCGUUAUAAAUUAUAUAUUAUAUCUACAAAUUCGCUCUUCUUUUCUCCUCCUUUCAGAACAUCGUGUGCACUUUGAUUCGGACAAUCUGAAGGAUGAUCUUGAGUCGGGCCACAGCGUCACCUACGAUCGAUGCGAUGAUGUUAUAUUCAUAAAAUUGGGUUUCCUACAAGUGAAUCACAGAUACAGGGUCGAUCUUAAACUACCCGUUUCCCUAUUCGAUAAGGGCACCACAUUUCAUCCUUCCUUGGAGUCGUCGAAUUGCAAUCCAAAUUGUCGCAUAUCGACAUUUGCCGGUGUCAAUCAUCCAGAACAAGAUUAUUUCGAAAUGCAAAUUGAAUUUUUUGCCUAUAAAGAAAAUCUGCUACGCGAAAUGGUGAGCAUCGUCAACGCCAAGGACUCGAAGGAGGUGAUUAAGCUAAUGAUCAUAGCGCGUGCGUUGGGUAAAGGCAAAGGUACGCCGCUGCUGCGCAGUGGUAUACAUUGCUUAGGUGAGGAGGACCCUGAAGAGUCGGAGUCUGACGUGCCACGUUUUGAGAAAGGCGAUUAAGGUGAAGGGAGCAUGCUGCCAAUUAACUCCUUUUGAAAUUGUAUUAUACAUGAGAAAUUCUAAAAUAAACAACUAUCUUUGUAUAUGUAUAGUAAACUAUAUGCACCGUUUAAUUAAAAUUACGUCGAAAAAAACCUUAAAUGCAAAUUAAAAAGUAAAAGUCAUAAAUAAACUGAAAUGUUAUUUGUAUAAAUAUAAAUAUAAUAUGUACUUAAAGGUUAAGCAUUUAUGAAAAUGAUCGUAGAGGAAAACUGUUUAAAUAACGACGCUAUUUAUCAGAAAAUAAUUUCAUUGAAAAAUCUAUUUGUAAUUAGUCGUUAGUGAAAAUUAUGCCUCGAUCAACUUUAUACAUCACGAAGUGUAAUAUUAUAUACAUACAUACUUACAUAUGUACGCGAACAUACCCACACACCUGCCUAUAUAGAAACUUACUUACUUUAAGCCACAGCAAGCGUUUUGUGUGCAAACUGAAAGUAUUUAUCACUCACUAGAAAAAAGGGUGAAAUAAUAACGGAAACAAGUCAAGCGUCUGCAUAAGUGCUGGAAAAUUUUGUAUUGUAUCAAAGGAGUUGUCUAAUUUGUUGUUAUUAAAUUUGUGUACGUUCGAAAGUCGUUGUGUAAUUCCAGUAAGAAGAGUAAAGCUGCAUUUUAUCUAAACGGAAAUUAAUUGUAUUUGUAAAAUAAUGCUAAUUCUUUAAUAAAACUUUAAGUAAAAAUUUUCA